AUGCAUCGGGAUCCAAUACAAAGCGCACACCCACAGGGAAGAGAGCUAGAGCGUAUGCGAGAGAAGUUCUGGGUUAGAUCUCCUCGACUUCGAGGACAGUCUUAUUAGAUGAUGGUUCGUAAUAUCAGAUUGCAUACGGAUCUGCAAGCAGGAAAAGAAUGAGUAGUCGGCGAGGUGGUUUGUCGAGUGAGGGUUGGAGAAUAGUUUCCUCCGGAGUAAGAAUUGUGGAGCGCUAGGAAGAUUUUUCUUCGACUGGUCAGAAUCAGAUCACAUGUUCUAUCAGCGAGGAAAGCUUGAACGCUCGGGAGUGGGAUUUUGUAUUGCAGGGUUGCCGUGUCAGCGAGAGGAAGUAGAUCCACGUUGCGCUCGAACUUCGCAAGAACCUUCGGAAGCGAGCGCCAGUAAUCUUACAUCGUGAUAUAUCCGGCUGAAGGCAAGAAAGACGGAAAUCAGCUCAGGGUAGGACUCGGAGUCCAAUUGUAAGAGAAGUGGCAUGUCUGUCUCAGUAGGAUGUGUACUCUGGGCCAGAUGUAUGUGUUGCAGGCCUCCACGUUCAGUCAGUAAAAUUCAAGAGGGCGCCUUCAAGUUGUCUCACCGCAGAUGCUGAUCUCGCUAAGUACAAGCGGACAUUUACUGGAGACUUGGCCAUUCAUCUCUACGUUUCAUGAUCAAUGGGCAAUAAUCAAAAGAAAGAUUGGCAUACAACCCAGUAACUUCCGUAAAAUUGGCUGCAGAAAUCAACCCAAUGGUUGUCACCAGCAACAACACAGACUGGGUAUCCAAGCUCUCAAAGAUUCUGUUCUUGAAUUGCCAAUUUACUUUCAUUGAAGUGAAAGGUUCAACUCUCCUGGCCUAUUCGAGGUGACGCUCAAUCUUCAACAACCUCUGAGGUUGUUAUGUGAUACGGGAUUUGAUCAAUGGACAAGAUGUCAGCUCCUGGUUCGAAGGAAAUACAGGAAUAUGAAUCCGAACUCCUGGCUGCCUUGGAGAUCAACUUAAGUGUAGAUCUCAUUGGAGCUGCCAAACGCCAGCUGAGCUUUCUCCGUGCGGUGCAUUGUGUUCCAGGUCUACACCGAGGUCCUGCAGUACUUCUCGCCAUCAAAAGAUACUACAAUUUCUGGAUGCCUUUAGCAGCUGAGUGCUUCCAGCGAGGGAAGAGAGCUAAUUGGGAAGGAAGCAAAGCUCUUCUUCCGUCAUUCGACGUACAAUGGGUUUGGCACUGCCAUCGCCUCAACCCGAUGGCUUACCGGAAAUAUUGUUCCACGGUCUUUCAUGAAGUGAUUGAUUUUCCAAUGUUGAGUGACGCUGAGAGCGAGGCUUCCGCCCGCGAUCGAUGUCGUAAGCUUUGGAUAAAGCGCUAUCCAAAGGAGCCGUUUGAUAUAUUGCCUCAAAUCCGCAAGCUCGCUACCGGUCAAGUAUACCCCAUAGACGAGCAGAGCGACGACAACAAUGAGGAAGAUGAGGCGGAAGAGAAUCAGUUGGUUUCAGCUAUCGCCAGGCAAAGUUCAUUCUAUUUCCAGGUCUCUCAACCGUACAUGUGGGACGAGAGAUUUCUCCGAGCGGCUUUGCAGCGUUACAAAUGCUUUCUGCAUAUACUCCGUAAGUCGGAGGGGAAAAUUCUUUGCGUUCCGACUUAUGAUAUUGACCUCAUGUGGCAUUCUCAUCAGCUUUCACCACUGGCUUACGCCAACGAUACUCACGCCCUACUGGGUUGUGUUAUGGAUCAUGAUGAUACUCUUGAGAAAGGCCCAAACACGAAACUUGACCAGGGAUUUCAAGACACUGCCCGACUGUGGGAAAAUACUUUCGGACAGCCUUAUGAAAAAGCCGGUUCAAUGUCACGAGGAACGCAACCGCUGAGUCCCACGCCUCUACCUUCCGAUGAUGGCGGAUUCGAACGCGUACCCGUAGCCUUACCUUGGAGUUAUCAACCGAAAGACGUAAAUCAAUACCUCAAGAUUCUCAGUCCAAGAUACGUCGUGGAGGUGUGCCUACUGAUCAAGAGCGCCGUCGGUGAUAUAUCUUUGAAGGAAGGAGGUGACCUCUUCCUUCGCUUGAAAGCUCUAGAUGCACACAAGCUUAUGAAACUGGACAUUCCGUUAUUUCCUGGUAUCCGACAACCACAGUGGCAGAAAUUAUGGCUGCUACAGUGCGAAGUGAGUACCAGAGGGGUGAUUCUCGAGCUUAGAUGCCACGUUCGCAGUUGUUUCAAAUCUUUGGCAACGACCACUAAACUGGGAGAAUCAGUUCUGAGUUGGCAAGAAUUACAAGAGUCUUCGUUGCUUUCAGUGGAUCGAGUGUUCCAACUGAAAGACAAGAAGAGACAACUUUUUCAUGAUAAUCACGCCUUGUCACAAGGCGCUGCCUUAAGGCUCGGAGCAUCAAUCACACCCUCUGUUCCUGCACCUUAUCUGCUCAAAUCUGUUCCUGAUAGAGUAACAGAUGAUCAGGGAGAAAUGAUUUCAACCUUGUACCUCAGAAUGCGGAGGAACCAGCCUCAAGAGGGGCGCUGGAUGUCAAGAACAGUCCUUGAUCAUAGAGGCAAAGAAUGCUUUGUCAUACGCAUCAGGGCCGCCAAAGGCAUAUGGAGAAAAGGCAAAGAUCGGCCAGUAGGGGUAGAUUGGAACGAGAGGGUUAUCCAUAUUUGCGAAGGCGGCUGGAAUUAUAUAUCAGGAUUUAUUGGAAAAGCACCUGUGAAAGUUGUCGGAACGGCUAUCCCAUUUGCUGAUGAUCUCGGCCAGUACAAGCUCAGGUGGUCUCUGUCGUCAGGCGAGAUGCUCACAAUCUCGCGACCCAUGGAGGAGCUAAAUUGGGAAAGUAACCUCAUAUUUUCCCUCGAUGGUUCCUCACAUGGAUUGGUACGCUUGCUCAAUGGAAGGAAGUUAGCGUACCAGGUUCCAGGCGCUACAGCAGACGAUGAAGAGGGCUUUGUGACACUCGUGCGCCAUACACCUGAUGCUCCUCAAGGGAAAGCGACAGCGUUGUUCAACUGGAAGCUCUCGGCAAUGGAGAUAUAUCCGGAAGAAGAUGUUCUGCUUGUCCUUCUCCUGUGCACUAGCACUUUGAGAUCCGUGGCCGAUCUGGGAGGGAAAAACUAUGAGAAUCUAUACGCGCGAAGAAGGGCAAAAGAAACCAAACCAGGCUUGAAAGAUUGGGGCUCUGUGGUUAUCGAGAAUCCGAGGUCUCAGUCAAAUCUGAUGUUGUGGUAUGUGAAUCCGGGGAACGUUUUGUCUUCAGAGGAAGGUGCUCCAAGCACUGGGGUCUUGGGUUCGAAUGAUGCUGCUGAUGGUUGUGGUAACUGUGCCUCAAGCUGUGGAGUCGGAGUUGACUGGGAAGGGGGCAAAUCUUUUGCUGAGGAAACGUCUAGUUAUGUCGGUUUUGGCGGGGGCAUUGGAGGGAGGCAGGAUCGACGAACUGGGAGUGGUGUGCAGCUGGAAGGGAUAGUUAUAAAAACUUGAAACCCCUCGCUUUAGGCCGGCGUACGAUGUACAGACGUGAAAUCAAUUUCGUUUAGUUCUAAUCACUCCUUCAAGUAAGGGGCAGCUCCACCUUCCUCACUUGUACAUCAUCUUACCAUAUUCAGAGACGCGGGAGUGUGCGGAUGUGUUCUUGUUGUUGGUUCCAAGGAAACCGGUACAUGAAAUGCCCUCAUAAGUACAUAGUCACCGUGAUAAGGAUUCGAAUGGCCAGUAGAUAUUAGAUGGUCGAAAUUGAGGAACUGAGGUCUGGCUUCUACUGUCAAUCACUGUAUAGUCAGGGGAGAUAGAAAGCUUCGACUCGGUCGUACAACGGACGAAAGGGCGUCUAACAAGAUCCAGAAAAAAAAGUUUAGGUGGCUUCAGAGGUUUAUUAAAACCAAUACAGCAUCACAUUAGCUUUGUUUCCAAACAUGUAUAUUAGAUAUUCUUUCCGAGCUGAAACACCUAUAGUGAAACCCAUCCACAAUAUUCUGUUUUUUUUCAAAACCAUCCAUCCCAUUUACCACUGUCAAACCAGAAUUUGACACAAAGUUUCAACACUGGAUCGCCCACUGUCACCAAAAUAUAUCUUGAAUGUGUAGAGAUCCAAUUUGCUUUUGUCUGCGGACUCAAGUGUGACUCAAGUAUUAUCUUGCGGAAAU